AGCUACUCGUGCCCUCCAUUGGUUGCAGGAGGCGUAUUAGGAGGGACGUGGUCUACAGCUGCUGGCACUGUGUCUAGCGUGACGCUGGGGGAGGGAGCGAGACUCCUCGAACAAGCUGCCCCGUAUUGCAUGUUUGUUUACUAGCGGAACGCUUGAUUAAUUUAACACGUUUAAUAUCGACGCCAGGUGCUUAACGUGGGACUUCAAAUGCCCGACGGGAACAGCAAAUCCGCUGGGGCUGGUACUCGCUAAGCGAAGAUUGUCAUCGAGUGAUUUAUCUCUGGUUUGUUCGCUCGCAUUCAGCGUCUACGGCUACUGCGCGUUUGUGAAACGGACGAUUUGAACUUGUUUGCGGGGUUAUUUUGGAUGCCUGAUCGUUCGUUUGUUUUUGGAAUAUGGCUCAGCAUGGACACCACCAUGUUGCGAGUUCCCAAAAGGCUUUAAUGCUGGAGCUGAAAAGUCUCCAGGACGAGCCGGUUGAAGGCUUCAAAAUAACUUUAGUCGACGAGUCGGACUUGUACAACUGGGAAGUCGCGAUUUUCGGACCCCCUAACACGCACUAUGAGGGGGGUUAUUUUAAGGCACGCAUCAAAUUCCCCAUCGACUACCCGUACUCACCUCCUGCCUUCAGAUUCCUCACCAAGAUGUGGCAUCCCAACAUCUAUGAGAAUGGCGACGUAUGUAUUUCCAUACUGCACCCGCCAGUGGACGAUCCCCAGAGUGGUGAACUGCCAUCAGAGAGGUGGAACCCAACACAGAAUGUGAGAACGAUCUUAUUGAGCGUUAUCUCGCUGCUGAAUGAGCCCAACACCUUCUCGCCAGCCAACGUGGACGCCUCUGUCAUGUACCGCAAAUGGAGGGACAGUAAGGGGAAAGACCGCGAGUAUGCAGAGAUCAUCAGGAAACAGGUUUUAGCCACCAAAGCCGACGCAGAGCGGGACGGGGUCAAAGUACCCACCACACUGGCAGAAUACUGCGUCCGUACCCGCGCCCCACCUGCCGACGAGGGCACUACCUUGUUCUACGAUGACUACUACGAUGAUGAGGAUUUAGAUGAUGAUGAUGAUGAAGAAGGUGAGGACUGUUGCUAUGAUGAAGACGACUCUGGGACGGAGGACUCUUGACGACCGGCGCCCAAGCUUUCCGAACUAUUCACUUCCGGUUUCCCAUUUGGUUUCAUAGCUUUUAAAUCAAGUCAAAAUGGAAUACGUCACAAACGGCAAAAGAUGGUUUGCGCAGAGGUUAUUGAUCCCGAUGAACUGUUUUUGUACUUCUGUUAGAACGGCAACUAACAGUUGCAGUCAACUCUAAACCCAGACGCUUUGAGGGUUUGUUUUUUAUUCCUUACAUUUUGUUUAGUCUGUUUUUUUGGGGGGCAGGUUGGGUUCAACCAAUCAGUGCAAAACAGUCCAGCUUGUGUUUAUUUGAUCCUCCAUAAACAACUUGCCUUUCAAAGGCAACUGAUCUCAGGUUUUCAAUUUCUGUGAUUUAACAGUAUUGGCGUCUUGGGUGGGGGGAAAGUAGCUAAUACACAUUCUCAGGGCUACUUCUCUUUCUUACACCACAAUGCAGCAUAUUCUGCUUCUGUAGCCAAGGACUGAACAAGCUUCUCAGAUAAAUGUUCUCCAGAAGAGGAUCUCGGCAAGGCGUUUGAUUAAAUUGAUGCAUCGCAUACAGUUCACACCAUUCUAAGAUUUGUUUUCCUUUUGGACUUUCAUUUUGCCCACAAACAAACCUGUCUUCAUUUGUGUUCUGUUUUUGAUUUAAUGGGGUAGUUUGACUCUUUUGAGUUUGAAUCUUUGCUAUAUAGCUACUCUUUGACAUUUGAGGGUAUUUUAGUUUUGUUAUUCUGUAUAUCCUUAUUCAUUUUAAAGCUUUGUGGUGACUCUUUAUUUGGAACCUAAAAUCCUCCUCAGGAAAAUGGACAUGAGACAUUGGUGUGUUUGUGGCUCACCUUUUGACCCCAACAGACUCUUUAAACCCGUUCAGCAGAUUCAUAUGCACAGAGGGGUAUUUUAGGUAACUUUCCCUUCUUGUUUGUACUUUUUUUUUUUUUUUUUUUUUUUUGUAUGCUUUGUAAAUCUAUUUAAAGUCUGAAUAAAGGUCUUUAUUAAAAUCCCUCUAA